AGGCUGGGCUUGCAAUACCAGCAGCCUUUUCUGCUCCUGAUCUAACAAGCGGCAACCGGAGCAACAGAAGCAGCAGCAGCAGGCGACUUGUCAAGUCCCGGGUCUCGCGUCUCCGUUUCUUGACGCUUCCGACCCAGCGGAGCUGCAUGCGCGCGAGGAAGCCCAGCGGGAGAGAAUGGCAGUGCUCAAGCUCGCCGACCAGCCCCCGCUGGUUCAAGCAAUUUUCAAUGGUGAUCCUGAUGAGAUACGUAUGUUGAUCUACAAAACAGAAGAUGUCAACGCUCUGGACACAGAGAAGAGGACCCCUCUUCACGUUGCAGCUUUCCUGGGGGAUGCAGAGAUAAUUGAGCUUCUCAUCUUGUCAGGGGCACGUGUCAAUGCCAAGGACAACAUGUGGCUGACCCCUCUGCACCGAGCAGUUGCUUCAAGGAGCGAAGAAGCAGUGCAAGUAUUGAUUAAACAUUCGGCUGAUGUGAAUGCCCGGGACAAGAACUGGCAGACCCCCCUGCAUGUAGCAGCUGCAAAUAAAGCCGUGAAGUGUGCCGAAGUGAUCAUUCCGCUUCUGAGUGGCGUCAACGUCUCUGACAGAGGGGGUCGAACCGCAUUACACCAUGCAGCUCUGAAUGGCCAUGUCGAAAUGGUGAACUUGCUUUUGGCUAAAGCGGCAAACAUCAAUGCUUUUGACAAAAAGGACCGGAGAGCUUUGCACUGGGCUGCAUACAUGGGCCACUUGGAAGUUGUUGCAUUGCUGAUCAGUCAUGGUGCGGAGGUGACAUGUAAAGAUAAGAAGGGUUACACUCCACUUCAUGCUGCUGCAUCGAAUGGGCAGAUCAGUGUGGUGAAACACUUUCUCAAUCUUGGUGUGGAGAUUGAUGAAAUGAACGUCUACGGAAAUACGGCACUUCAUAUUGCUUGUUAUAAUGGGCAGGAUUCUGUGGCUAACGAGCUGAUUGACUAUGGAGCUAAUGUCAACCAACCUAAUAACAGUGGAUUCACUCCCCUGCAUUUUGCUGCUGCUUCUACACAUGGAGCUCUUUGUCUGGAAUUGUUAGUGAAUAAUGGAGCAGAUGUUAACAUUCAGAGUAAAGAUGGGAAGAGUCCAUUGCACAUGACAGCUGUGCAUGGGAGGUUUACGCGGAGUCAAACUCUCAUUCAGAAUGGAGGUGAAAUUGACUGUGUUGAUAAGGAUGGCAACACCCCUCUCCACGUGGCUGCAAGAUAUGGACAUGAGCUUUUGAUUAACACCCUAAUAACCAGUGGAGCUGAUGCUGCCAAAUGUGGCGUCCACAAAAUGUUCCCCUUACACUUGGCAGCAUUGAAUGCCCAUGCCGACUGCUGUAGGAAGUUGCUGUCAUCAGGACAAAAGUAUAGCAUAGUAUCCAUGUUUAGUAAUGAGCACGUGCUGUCUGCAGGCUUUGAAAUAGACACCCCAGAUAAAUUUGGAAGAACGUGCCUCCAUGCCGCUGCUGCAGGAGGUAACGUUGAUUGUGUAAAACUCUUGCAGAGCAGUGGAGCAGAUUUCAAUAAAAAAGACAAACAUGGAAGGACACCUCUGCACUAUGCAGCUGCAAAUUGUCAUUUCCAAUGUAUGGAGACGCUGGUGACCACGGGGGCCAAUAUUAACGAAACAGAUGACUGGGGACGGACGGCUUUACACUAUUCUGCUGCCUCAGACAUGGACAGAAAAAGAAAGAAUAUUUUGGGUAACUCCCAUGAAAAUGCUGAAGAACUUGAAAGAGCCAAUGAAAUGAAGGAAAAAGCAGCCGCAUUGUGUCUAGAAUUCCUUCUUCAAAAUGAAGCCAACCCGUCAAUCCAGGACAAAGAUGGGUACAAUACCGUGCAUUAUGCUGCUGCUUAUGGACACCGGCAGUGUUUAGAACUGCUUCUGGAGAAAACGAGCCACAUUUUUGAGGAAUCCGAUUCAACAGCUACAAAAAGCCCUUUGCACUUAGCUGCCUAUAAUGGUCAUCAUCAAGCCUUGGAGGUCCUUCUCCAGUCUCUGGGAGAUCUGGAUAUUAAGGACGAAAAAGGACAUACUGCCUUGGACCUGGCUGCAUUUAAGGGACACACCGAAUGUGUGGAAGCUCUCAUCAACCAGGGUGCUUCUGUUAUGGUGAAGGAUAACAUCACCCAACGGACCCCGCUUCAUGCCGCAGUUAUCAAUGGACACACACCAUGUUUGCGGCUUUUGUUAGAAGUAGCAGAUAACCCUGACGUGACCGAUGCGAAAGGACAAACUCCCUUGAUGCUAGCUGUGGCUUAUGGGCACAUAGAUGCCGUCGCCUUGUUACUUGAAAAAGAAGCAUCAGUGGAUGCAGCUGAUUCCUUGGGAUGCACUGCUUUACAUCGAGGGAUUAUGACAGGGCAUGAGGAGUGUGUUCAAAUGCUGUUGGAACAAGAAGCAUUGAUAAUGUGUAAGGACGCCAGAGGCAGGACACCUCUACAUUAUGCAGCAGCUCGUGGUCAUGCCACAUGGCUGAGUGAAUUGUUGCAGUUGGCGCUUUCAGAAGGGGACUACAAUUUUAAAGAUAAUCAAAGUUAUACACCUUUGCACUGGGCUUCUUAUAAUGGUAAUGAAGGCUGUAUAGAGGUACUGUUGGAACAGAAACCUUUCCGCAACUUUAUCGGGAACCCUUUCUCUCCAUUGCACUGUGCUGUAAUCAAUGAUCAUGAAAAUUGUGCGUCGCUACUCAUCGGGACCAUUGGUGUUGGCAUUGUCAAUUGUAAAGAUGACAAAGGAAGAACACCGCUUCACGCAGCAGCCUUUGCGGACCACGUAGAAUGCUUGCAGCUUCUCUUAAGCCACAAUGCACAAGUAAAUGCUGCAGAUAAUUCAGGGAAAACACCACUUACGAUGGCUGCUGAAAAAGGACACGUAGGUGCUGUAGAUUUUUUGGUGAACAGCGCGAAGGCUGAUCUAACUUUGAAAGAUAAGAACUCGAAUACAUCCUUGCACUUGGCUAGCAGUAAAGGACAUGAAAAAUGUGCCUUGUUGAUACUUGACAAGAUACAAGAACAGAGCCUUAUUAAUGCAAAAAAUAAUGCAUUACAGACACCUCUUCAUAUUGCUGCACAGAAUGGCUUGAAGAUGGUAGUUGAGGAGUUGCUAGCGAAAGGGGCAUGUGUACGAGCAGUAGAUGAAAAUGGUCAUACACCAGCCCUGGCUUGCGCUCCUAACAAAGACGUGGCUGACUGCCUGGCACUCAUUUUGGCUACCAUGAUGCCUUUUUCUCCUUCCAGUACAAUGACGGCUCUCAACUUCGUUUCUUUUAAAAAAGACAAUUUGAGCAGGACUCACCUCUGCAAUAGCUCAAAUACGAGCAGCACCAUUGACUCCUAUAGCAAACCCUUAAGUAAUGAUGUAGGAGCAGAAAAUGGAUACAAUGAAAACGAUUCUGAUUCGGAAACAUUUUGACUUUGGCAUUCAGUGCCCUUUUCCUCAGUUGCAUUUGGAUCUAAGUUGGUAUUUUCCUUUUUUAAAAAAAAAAGAAUAAAAAAGGACAAUGAAUCCCAGAAUUACAGUUGACUUUCACUUUUGACUGGAAUGAGUACAGUUAGGCAACGGAAGGCUUACAGUUGCCGUUAAACAGAGCCUUUAAGAAAACUGGUUUUUAUUGAAAUGCAUUCAUGUUAAUGUUCUGCUACUUCCAGCUGUCACGCUUUCCAUAGGUCCUCGUGACUCCUGUGGAAGUCUCUACCUCCUAUUGUAUGCAGAAAGCGAAAGCUGCCCUAUUCAUUUUGACAGCACAAGUAAACAGGGGGGCUGUUGUGUACAUAUCACGGUGUUAGCUAGGGUAUACUGCUAAUAUGAAGACAUUUUUUUCCAGUACAGUAUUUGUAGAUCAUGGGAAGAAACUCUCCAUCUCUCUUCACUUUUAUUACCUAUAGUUAUCUAGUCUUCGUUUUUAGAUAUCUUUGUUAUACAAACCAAAGAUAAAGCCACAGGUUGUUGUUUUUCCGUUUCGUUUCUUUGCUGUUUGCAAGCACUGCACUGCCAGUAUCACCACUUUCUACGGAAAUUAAAACUUCUAAAUUCUACAUGAGAUGUAUUAAGCACUUCAGUACACAAAAGGCACUUUUAAAAGACAUUAGCCACACUUUCAUUUGCAAUUUGAAAGUUUUAGGACCAAAUCUUGCUUGCCUCAGUCAUUGCACAUAUCCACCUGCAGCAAAGAGAUUAUCGGUAAAGCAGAUAUUAUUUGCCUUCCUUUUUCAUUAUUUGGCACAAUCUUGCUUGGCUAUUUGCACUUCGCAGUUAAGAAUCCCUGGAAAUGUGUUGCCUGUGCUAUCAAGGCAAUGAUAUGUUUGAAAAAAAUCAGCUAUACAUUGAUAAUGCACCUAAAUGUUUGUUGUUUGCCAAAAUGAAUUAUUCCCCCCAUUUUCUUUAGUGUUUAUAAGUUGUAUUUUUUUUAUCUUGAGCAUUUUCUGGUUUAAAAAUUCUGCAACAUCUGAGCUACAUCAUGUUGCUGUUGUCUCUAAUUACUAUUACUGUGGUUAAGCUAUACACAGCAGAUAAAACCAAAACAGGCGAAGUAAAAAAAAAGAAGCCAAACAAUCAUCAGGAACUACAUAAGGCAAUUGCAAUAUAUUAAAAAAGGCCUGCUGAUCAUCAGCUUUCUUAUUAAACAUCUGCAUUAUGAAUAUCUACUCCUUCUGCCAAAGCUUCUAGGUCAAAUGGACCCUGUUCCUCGCCUGAGAAAGAUGUACGGAAAGAAGACUGAGACUCUUAAAAGACAAAGAACUAACCAGCUAUACCACGAGGACCAAAAGGCUUCAGUAUCUUAAAUGGGAAGAUGUAUUAUUUUUUUAAUAAUGCAAGUGAAAAUUCAAAUAACUUUUCUAAUCACACAUGCACACAAAAGUCUUUUAUGUAAUUAAAAGAGUCUUCUUGGCUGUAUUGUACACUUUAAGACACAAAUUUCUAGUUGACAUUUGUAACUGAUGGAUGAUGUGUUGAUCACAGUUUAUUUUUCCAGACUAGAAAAUGUUCAUACUUUUAAUGUUAAAUGUGUUUAUAUUUAUUUGAAAUGAAACAAGUGCCCAGAAAAAAAAGACCAUGGUUUGUUCUUUUUUUAAAAAAGUUUUUAUUAUGUCUUAUUAGCUAUACAUUUAGGGAAGCCUAGCUACUGAGGUUUUUUUUUUGUUCUUUUUUUUGUUCUUGUAUAGCAAGCUGGGUGAAAUGUGAAAGCAAAGCUCUCUUUGUGCCCAGUAUGGCAUGGGGAAUGGAGGUAUAUAUUGCUUUUUCAAUAGAAUUGGAUGCCAGAGUAGAGGGGUCUGCAUUUUAAAAAGUCUGUAGUGUAUUUGUUCUCCCUGCGAGGAAAUAGUGUUCCACAUCUCAUAGCAAAAUGAAGACUAAAGAACCAGGAGUGAACUGCCUUUCUUCACGAAAAAGUUAUAUUUUGGAUCUGGGGUGGGAAACCCCAGGCCCAGAGACUAUAUGUGGCCUUCCAACCGUCUCCAUCUUGCCCCUGAGAGUCACCCCAGGCUACACCUUCUCAAACCUUCUCCCUGGGCCAUACCAUUCGCUGGCCCUACUUGCACCCUACCUGCUAUGUGUAGAAACGUAAGCUAACAUUAAAAGGUAAUAUUUGCAUUCCUGGCUCCUCCCACUUUUGCCUCAGGCCUUGCUCACUGCAGGUACCGUAUAUGACCGCCUGCCCCCCCACUUGGGAAGUUGCCCAGAGGGGAAUGUGACCCUUGGUCUGGAAAAGGUCCCCCAUUGUUGCUUCAGAUCAGGGUUUCCCAAACUUGGGUUUCUAGCUGUUUUUGGACUACGACUCCCAUCAUCCCUAGCUAGCAGCCAGCCUCUCACUUUCUACCACCUCCUUUCCUUGGCCCUCUUUCACCCAUUCCUACCUUUCCUCAUCUUUUCCUCCUGCAUGCCCUAUUCCUUCAGAGGGUUUCAUGCUACAUGUGCAGAGCAUGAAAAAUGGGUGUUGAGUAGCUAGGACUAAGGGGGACAUGUUUCCCUCUCCUUGGUCCUUGUCCUGGUUUUGAGCUGUCUUCCUUUUAUCUUCUCCCUAGGCUCCUGCCUGUCUUUCCUUCUCCUCCUGGCUUCUUCGGGGGUUUUCUUCGGGAGAACUUAUGCUCCCCCCCCCCCCCGGAAAACAAAAGAGGCUUCCUUUCUCUAGGAUCAGAUGGUACUGAGGGCCACAGCACCCAGAACAUUCUGUAUGUUGCCACUUAUGCCCGCAGAUUCCCCAUCCUAAUACGUACUUCUGCAGUAGGAAAUGUAGUGUGAGAACUCACCCCCAGUUACAGGUCUGGUCCCCAAUAACAUCAAAAUAAAACUGACACAGACUACAGGAUGAUUCAUAACACCCACUGUUAGGCUCGACAAGGAAUAGUCUACCUGCAAGUUCACAGGCUGACCAAGUGGUCAGCAAUUAGCGCUCCUGCUUUUAUGGAACACAACAGCCUUCCAAGCUAGCUUUGAGCAGAACA